AGUAAUAUACGACGACGUAGAGGGGUCGUCAGCAGGAGUGAGGUGCAGAUCUUUCGUGCUUCCUCAAUCACCCAGUCUUCUGGCACGGAGAUAGACAAUGGCGUCCCUAACAUCGAGGAUAACAUUCAGAGUAGUAAUAGCCAUUCUGGUGAUUUUAGCGCUCUACUACGUCGGCCGCCCUCUCUACUGGAAAAUCUCCGCCACCGUCCACGACAUCCGCCACAACAAACAAACCGUCUCUGGAGGUUUUUCGCAAAUUGUUCAGGAAGCGCAGAGAUCGGUAGGAUGGUUCCACGAUGAGUCCGAUUCGGGAGUGCAUGUUGACCGUAAAUCGGCGGCUGCGAGGAGGCUCCUGGUGCGUCAGGUUUCGUGAAAUGUGUUUUGAAUUAUUUAUAUGUUUCCUCGUAUGCUUAGUGUCUAUGGUGAAUAGGUUGCCGUAGAUCUGGUGGAAUAAAUCGUCUCUGCACAAAAAAUUAUGAUGUAUAAACUGAAUUUCUGAAUAUUUUAUUGUUGAUUUGAGGUUUAUGAUGAGAAAAUGAUAAUUAAAUGCAGGAAAAGAAAGGCAACCUUAAAUUUCUGGUAAA